GGGGAAGGAUUCACAGCCCCUCUGCUGCUGCCUCUGCUGUUCUCUCUGCCUCUGUGUGUAGGUUUUGUACAUACGGACGGCUGAUAAAGAUGAAAUGCCAGGAUUGGGCUGCCUCCAGGGACACCGUCUCCAUCCUGUAACGUGAGGCAGCCAGCAGCACCGGGAGAUCAGGGAGAAGCUGCAUCCAUCUGAAGAGGCGCCUCCAAAGGACCAGGCGUGAUCCAACAGGAGGGGAUAUUUAUAUAUAUAUAUUUUUUAUUAUUCUCUGCUGUGGAGAGGAGGAAUUGUCGUCAUCCCCCCUUCACAACCAUCCUUUUUUUUUCUCUCUGGUUCCCCCUCCUUUCUCCUCCGCCCCCACUUAUAUUUUCCCCCUCAUUCUUCUAGAGGAGCUCGUUAGAAAACCAAACCUCCAUGUAUGACAAUUUGUACCUGCAUGGAUUUGAAGACUCGGAGGCGGGCUCAGCUGAUUCGUAUACUAGCAGACCAUCAGACUCAGAUGUAUCUCUGGAGGAGGAGCGCGAGGUGCAGGCUCAGGUCCAGAGCCAGAGCCCAAGCCAGAGCCAAGGGCCGGGACAAAGCCGUCAGGAGAGGGAGCAGCAGGCCUCCGUACAAUUGGAGAGAGCCAAGAGUAAACCAGUUGCAUUUGCUGUAAGGACCAAUGUCAGCUACUGCGGCGCCUUGGAUGAAGAUGUUCCAGUACCAGCCACAGCUAUCUCUUUCGACGCCAAGGACUUCCUCCACAUAAAAGAGAAGUUCAACAAUGACUGGUGGAUCGGUCGCUUGGUAAAAGAGGGCUGUGAGAUCGGUUUCAUUCCCAGCCCUCUGAAGCUCGAGAACAUCCGGCUCCAGCAGGAGCAAAAGAGAGGACGAGUCCAAGGUAAGUCUGGAGGAAACUCCUCUUCCAGUGUGGAGGAUGAGGUCUCAGCCUCUAUCCGACCACUCAUAUCCUCAGCAGGAAAGCAGAAACAGAAAGUGACGGAGCACGUCCCUCCAUAUGAUGUGGUACCCUCUAUGAGGCCUGUGGUGCUUGUGGGACCUUCACUCAAGGGUUACGAGGUAACAGACAUGAUGCAGAAAGCCUUAUUUGACUUCCUGAAGCACAGAUUUGAUGGCAGAAUAACAAUAACAAGGGUCACCGCAGAUAUCUCAUUGGCCAAGAGGUCUGUUCUUAACAACCCCAGUAAGCGAGCCAUUAUAGAAAGAUCCAACACUCGUUCCAGUUUAGCUGAGGUGCAAAGUGAGAUUGAAAGGAUCUUUGAGUUGGCGCGCUCCCUUCAGCUGGUUGUGCUGGACGCUGACACCAUCAACCACCCAGCCCAGCUCCUCAAAACCUCACUGGCGCCCAUCAUCGUCCAUGUCAAAGUCUCCUCGCCAAAGGUUCUUCAGAGGUUAGUCAAGUCCAGAGGGAAGUCUCAGAGCAAACACCUCAAUGUCCAGCUUGUGGCAGCAGAAAAACUGUCUCAGUGUCCACCGGAAAUGUUUGACAUCAUCCUGGAUGAAAACCAGUUGGAGGAUGCCUGUGAACAUCUUGCUGAAUACCUGGAGGCCUACUGGAAAGCAACUCAUACCUCGAUGGCAACACCUCUAAACCCUCUGAUGGGACGAAACCUUGGAUCCACUACACUCACUCCUUACUCCACCAGCAUCUCUGGUCUGCAGAGCCAAAGAAUGCGACAGAGCAACCACACAGGAGACCACUCUACAGCCAACGAAAGGCGCAACCUGAUGACAUCAGACGAAAACUACCACAAUGAGCGAGCGCAUAAGGGACGCAACCGCAUGUCUUCUGGCUCGCAGCACAGUCGAGAGCAGCAGGACCCCUACCAAGAUUACCAGGACCCCUAUCAGGACGCCUACAAGCCCCAUCGCAAUCGAAGUUCACCGGGCAGCUACAGCCACGAUUCCAGGCACCGGCUCUGAGCCCACUUCUGCCAUCGCCAGAACUCCUCAGACCCAGGUUUCAAUGAAAAUAAACCCUGCAAAAGAGCAAAGAUGGUCCCCAAAUUGUACCCCCUUUUUUUCUCUCUUUGGUCUGACUGGCAAGUUUUCUUUUUCAAAGUUGAGUAGGAUACUGAUCAGGUAUUUGUUUUUAAUCAAACUGUCAAUCAAAAGCAUGAAGAAGUCAGAAGAUUCUGAAUGCCAAAAAUAAUUCCCUCUGAAAUUCCUUUUAUUUAUCCUUUGGGGAUCUUCUUGGAUUGCACUAACACAUGCUCUGCAGAUGUGCAGCAUGGAUUCUGCUUGUUGCGUCUUUCAACGAGAUGGUUUUGGAUACUGAACCGGUGGUGAUGUAAAGGCACCGGUGUGCCUGGAGUAACACCAAGUAAGAGGAACAUUUACUGCACAAAGACUGCUAAAAGGCUGCUGCCCCUAUCCCGGGCUGUGUAUAAAUCCUCUCACCAUUUAGCUUAUUGCAUGCUGAUUAGUAUGUCAACCUCCGCAUCCACUUAGCUAACAUUUUGUACCUAGCAUUCUGGUUAAGGUUUAGGUCCAAUUUUCUAAAUUAACUGAUUCUGGAUCUGUUAUUGGUGAGGAUUGUGGUCCGGUGUGCAGAUAGCUUUGAAAACUGGUGCUUCACAUACCCCAUCCCCAUAUCCCUUAACAUGUUUUUGCUAUUUGCAAAUCACUUUAAGCAAGGCCAGCUUUUCUGUAGCAUAGCUUUAGCAUCUUAUUAGGGAGUAGCCCUCGUGGUCACAGGCGAAACAGAUGCUGAUGGUGCUGGGAUCAGGUCAGAGCUACACCUUAGAGCCUCUGCUCUGAACAGGUGGCACAACGAAGGCACUAUCUGUAUGUGUGUGUAUAUAUAGGAUAGUUAGCUACAAUAGUAAGAUGCAACCCGAGAUGUUUUUUGUGUUUAUAUAACGGGGAGAUCGUCUGAAGAAAGUCAGGAUGUCUUUUUGGUUCUUAUUUCCCCUAAACUUCAGUGAAAUUACAGUAUCGUCAGCAUAUGUAGAGAAUUUGUGUCUAUUCUUUUUACAUAGGAAUACACCCAUCAGUUUAUGCCGAUACAUUUAUCUUUAAAUGGGGUUGAAACAAACAGAACAAUCAUGUCAUAAUAAUUUAAUGUGUAGCUACCAUGAUACCCUGAUGGCAAAGCAUGAUCCCUAUGGAUGUAGAAUAGGAACCCCAAUGCACUUAACCAAUUACUUUUAUGAAAGUAAGGAGCUUCCUCAUCUCAAACCCAAAAUGUAGUACAGGUGAAUACUUCCCAGUACGGAUGAGAUUUGCAUCUCAUCUAAGAG